AUGCCACCUAUGCCAGCUCAGCACUUCAACCCUGGUGGGCAAUCAGGGCAGGUGCAGGUCGUACCGCAGGCCCCAUCCGUUUGGCAGAAGCUCUCAAUGGGCGCAAUGAUGGGCACAGGUGUCGGUCUUUCCAUUGGCUUCAUCGGUGGCAUGGUACAGAUCAUGAGGGCUGGACCCGGACCUAGAGGGACACUUGCCACCUUGAGCCAGUACAUGGCCACCAGUGGAGCGACAUUUGCCUUUUUCCUGUCCAUCGGCUCGGUCAUCCGUACAGAGGAUGGCAACCCGGCUAACGAGGCGGCAUGGAGGCAGACGUUGGCAAACAGGGGGAGGAUCGUGACGGCCGCGAGACCGGCAUUCGCAGCAUCGUCGUAA